GUCUGCAUUUCUAACGUAGAAAUAUCAUACUCACAACAAUGAGUGGAAGAGGCAAAACCGGCGGCAAAGCGAGAGCGAAGGCCAAGACUCGCUCCUCCAGAGCAGGGCUGCAGUUCCCCGUCGGUCGUGUUCACAGACUUCUCCGUAAAGGAAACUACGCCGAGCGCGUCGGUGCCGGAGCUCCCGUCUAUCUGGCGGCUGUGCUCGAGUAUCUGACCGCUGAGAUCCUGGAGUUGGCUGGAAACGCCGCGAGAGACAACAAGAAGACCCGCAUCAUUCCCCGUCACCUGCAGCUGGCGGUGCGCAAUGACGAGGAGCUCAACAAACUCCUGGGUCGAGUGACCAUCGCUCAGGGCGGCGUGCUGCCCAACAUCCAGGCCGUGCUGCUGCCCAAGAAGACCGAGAAACCCGCCAAAGCCAAGUAAACCGAGUCCGCUCUGUUUCUAAAACAAAGGCUCUUUUAAGAGCCACCCAUUUUAUCUCAUUGAAAGCGCUUUUACUUAUUUAACCAAUAAUGUUGUUUUCACAUAAGCAA